CGGCCAUCUACGCAGUACGGCGACUCCACCUGCAGGCAACCCGUCCUGAUCCCCACACAGAUCUCCCCGUACCCAUACAAGGUGCCAAAGUGCCCCAUGCCAUCCCGGACGCAUGUACUAGUGCGCAUCAAAGCUUCGUCAGCAGCCUCAUAUCAUCAAUUGGUCUCCGCCGCGUUGCUGGGCGCCCUGCCCCGGCACAAUCCGUCGCCAACACGCUACAAAGUCACCGCAGCGGGCACACGACAGAUGCCACAAGGCCCAUCAGUCUGCAAUGGCGCCGCCGCCUGCAAAACGUCGCAGGCGGGAUUUGGUCGCCGACGGGGACCAUGAUGAAGACAAGAGAAAACCGCCCCCGUCCGCCACUACCCCCAAGAGGAACAACCUCAACUUCUACUUCUCGUCACCCGCCAAGGCUUCCAACACGGACAAUGACAAGUCUCCCCCACAAUCGCCGAGCCCCACCCGCAAGUCCUCUCGAUCGGCGCGUGCACCUGUGACUACAACUCACGUCCAGGCCACUGGAGGUCGGAACCGACCAAGCAGCGCAGCUGCCGCUCAAAACAAUGCAAAGAGCCCUGCCAAGAGCAGGAAGAACAUCGAAGAGAAGGGGAAAUCGGCAAAUAUCCAGGCGCUGUUCUCUAAGCAGAGUCAGAGGGCCGCGACAGGGGACGGAACAAACGGCGUGGCCAAGAAGGCUGACGCUCAGCCACUGGAUAUUCUGAGCGACCCCCUCUCAGAUGACGAAGAAAUCGAAGCACAUCGAGCUGUUGGUUCGAGCCUUAUUGGGAAGAGGGCGCACAAGAGAAUUGGCGACGCUUUUAACUCUGGCAUAUCUUCCGGGUCCGGCGGCGUUGCUAGCCAGAGGUUCAUGAAACCCCCACGGCUGAGCUCGGCUCCUUCAAGCGAUGGCGAAGACAAGAGGCCCUGGUCAGAACGAUUUGGCCCAUUGAUGGCUGGACGACGUGCUGAGCGGUCGUAUGCGCCAGCGCCUGCUUGUCCUCAAGGGCUCGGCAGGCACAGGUAAGACCACUACUGUUCAGUUACUGGCGAAAGACCUCGGCUUCGAGAUUCUAGAGUGGAGGAACCCCACACUGUCCGCCGCCAAUACAGGAGGUGUCCAGUCCGCCGCGUCUCAGUUUGAAGAAUUCAUAGGACGGGGAGGUCGCUUCGGCCAACUGGACUUGGACGAUGGCGACAAACCUGCCAAUCAGCCAGCUAAGGCCCCCGCGGAGACGUCACAGGAGUCGCGGGUACAUCAGAAACGAGUCAUCCUGGUUGAAGAGUUCCCCAACACGUUCAUGCGCUCCGGGACUGCCCUCACAUCUUUCCGGAGAACAGUGAUGCAGUACCUCGCCAACAGCACGCCUUCAAUGACCGCCUUUGGGCAACGCGGGCCCUCUCAACCAUCGAUCCCAAUCGUAAUGAUCAUCUCUGAGACUCUUCUUACAACCACAUCGGCAUCUGCCGACAGUUUUACCGCACACCGCCUCCUUGGGCCCGAGAUCCUUCGCCACCCCGGCACCGGGGUUAUUGAGUACAAUGAUGUCGCGCCAACCCUGCUUGUCAAGGCCCUAGAGCUGAUCGUGAAGAAGGAAGCGCGAAUCUCCGGGCGACGCAGGACUCCAGGGCCGUUGGUUCUGAAGCGCCUGGCCGAGAUCGGUGACGUCAGGAGUGCGAUCUCAUCGCUUGAAUUCCUCUGUCUGAAAGGCGAUGGCGACGGAGACUGGGGCUCAAGGGUUGCAUUCACCAAGACCAAGAAGGCCAGCAGGGACCAGGUCUUGACAAAAGGAGAGCAAGAGAGCCUAGAAUUAAUUUCACAGCGAGAGGCGAGCCUGGGGAUAUUCCACGCGGUCGGCAAAGUCGUCUACAACAAGAGAGACGAGCAACCGUAUGCAGCAGGAUCGGAGGAGGCCCUAGCGGAACAGAUGCCGCCGUAUCAAGACCAGUUCUCGCGACCGAAGCGAUCGCAGGUAGCGGUGGGUGCGUUGAUUGACGAGACGGGAACAGACACCUCCACCUUCAUCUCCGCACUACAUGAGAACUACGCCUUGUCGUGCGAGCGCAGUGGCCCUUCCGACCCGUGCUCAUCCAUGGACUACGCCAACAAAUGCGUUGAAUAUCUUUCCGAGAGCGAUCUUCUCAAUCCGUCCUGGGACAUUUUCUUUGGCGGUAAGGGCUUCUCGAACAUGGGGAGAGACCAGGGUAGCCAUAUCCUCCGGCAGGACGAGAUGGCUUUUGAGGUGGCGGUUCGCGGGCUUCUGUUCUCUCUGCCAUGUCCUGUCAAGCGGAAGAGCGCAACAUCUGGCAGGGGCGGUGACGCUUUCAAGAUGUAUUACCCGACCAGCAUAAAGCUGUGGCGAAACAAAGAGGAAGUAGAAGGUCUGGUUGAUCUGUGGGCCACCAAGAUGCUCAAGGGAGAUGACCAGAUGCCGGCAUCUGCAGUGGUGCGAGACGGGAAUCCGGGGCUCAGCAGUGGCGCCUCUGCCUUUCGCAAGGCCAAGGGCGGCAGCGUGGGUGACUGGGCCGGCAACCAGUCGGAGACAAAGAACGCGACGAGUCCGAAACCAGCGAAGAAUGAACGCGAGGAAAUGCGGAAUCCCGGAUCCCCGUUUUUGCUGUCGCUAGGAAGUUCGGCGCGUAAGGAGAUGGUUCUCGAGAGGCUUCCAUAUAUGGUACAAAUCAUGCGCAGCCGGCGCAUUUCGUCCUGCUCGAUGGACGUGCGCGACCUGGACAAGGUGGUGUCGUUCCAGGGGAUAGGCCCCCCGGCGAACGCGGAAUCGGACGCCGAGGUGGACGAAAGUGUGGGGCCGGCGGGCGAGGCCUGGGCGACGGACAGGCCCACGGAAGACGCAUCACCGAGGAAGAGACGAGUGCCUGCAAUAAGGACACGCGGCGAAGAGGGCGAGGGCUCGAUGAUCAGCAGCCUGCAGAACAAGCUAGUUCUCAGCGAUGAUGAUAUCGAGGACGACUGA